CUUUCAUCUCGACUCUUCCCCCUGAGUAGCUGGCCUUUCUCUAAGCCACAAAACUGAGCAAGAAGCUGAAGAAGCAGCUAGACAGAGACAUGUACCUAGCCUUGAGAAUUGGGAGGCGUGGCUCAACUAGUUAGCCCAGCCCAGAGGAAUUGUUACCGUGGGUAUAGUAUAGUACUGAACAACCGUAGAAGUAGGGCUACCCCUGGCUUUACUGAAUUAACUAGCUGUGUCUGCUGUCUAGUUGGACCAGAUUUAGCUAGAUAAUGGGGUAGAGAAUAGUUGAGCGGUGCUGUGUGUAGCUAACAAGCUAGAACUGGGAGUCCCAGCUAGAAUUGCUAGCCGGAUCUAGACUAAUAGAAUGACAUGGAGGCGUGGUGAGGCCGGAUCCACACUAAUUGAUCGACCUAAAGACGCUCCUGUUCCAGAUUUUCACGAACGGCAAGGAAAGGGAUAUACAAGCUAUUUAUAUUACAUGCAUGAACUCUUUACAAUAGUGGUUUUUUUGACCUCUUGUGAUAAUAAUUACCACUAAGCAAAAAAUAAGAGCUGGCUCAAAAUGCUGUCCUUUCUCAGGCAAUGGCCCAUGCCAACCCGCACCAGGCUUGCUGUGAGGUGUGUGUCUACAAGCUCACAUUCCAAGCAACAAGCUGCUACAAGACCACAACAAGCCAAACCAUUCAACUCAAUCCCAGGACCCAAGCCUCUGCCAUUGCUGGGGAAUUUUCUAGAUAUAGCCAAGGCUAGGAAGAGUGGUGAAAAUCUUGCCGAUUUCUACGACAAAGGAUUCAAGAAAUAUGGAGAAAUCAUGAAAAUGACUUUACCAGUUCCGGCAUGCCGAUGCAGGAGUUGGUCCCAUGGUGAUAGUGGCGCACCCUGAUGCACUGGAGGAGGUGCUCAGAGCUGAAGGGAAAUAUCCACAGAGAGACAAGUUGUUUAGUCCAAAGAUGAAAUGGUUUUUUGACCAGCAUGGAACACCAGCUGGAUUAUUCAACGAGGGGGAAGAUUGGAAGCGAGAUCGUGUUGCAAUCAGCAAGCAAGUACUGCCCCGGAAUGUGAACAGCUACAUUGAGGGCCUGAACCCUAUCUACACUCGAUUCUCUGACCACCUGAGAAAGAUAAGAAGUGAAGAUGGUUUGAUUGAGGAUUUCACUCUACUCUCUCGAAAAGUUACUAUGGAAGCGACUGGGAAGUUUGUGUUUGGUGCUGAUCUAGACCUACUGAAUAAUCCAAAGGAGGAUGACAUCAAAUUCCUUGACAAUGUGAAUCAGACUUUCGAGGGUAUGGGAAGGUUGGCGUAUGAGCUGCCUCUGUACAAACUCUACAAGAACAAUCUGUACCACUUCUAUAUGGACGCUUUACAUGGGACCUAUGUUCAUAGUAGCAAGUACGCCAACAGGUUACAGGAGAAGCUGGAGAGAGGUGAGAGCAGUGAAUUACAGGGGAUGCUGGAGCAAUGGCUGAGAGAAAAGAAGUUGACCACUGAAGUAGCUAUAGCAUUAUCAGCUUCAAUGUUCACCGCUGGGGUCCACACGACUGCCUAUCAGUCCACGUAUCUCCUGUUUGAGUUGGCUAAGAACCCUGAGGUCCAGGAGCGGCUCUAUCAGGAGAUACAGAGUGUGGUGGGGGAGCGACCUCCCACAGCUCAGGACCUAGAGGCAAUGCCGUACCUCAGAGGAUGCAUCAAAGAAGGCUUCAGAGUGAGGGGAGCAGUAAAUAGCCUCAACCGUGUUCUGAGUGAGGAUGCCGUCAUCCAUGGUUACCAUGUACCUGCUGGGGUGAAUUUGGUAUACGCGAGUUACACGGCUUCCAAUAAUGACAAACUGUAUGAUGAGCCAUCAAAGUUCAAGCCAGAGAGGUGGAUGAGAAAGGAUGGACCACAGCAGCAUCCCUUCUCACUGCUGCCAUUUGGGUUUGGACCCAGACAAUGUUAUGGGAAAAGACUUGCUGAAUUGGAACUGAAACUACUGCUGGUGGAAAUGGCUCGUAACUUCACUCUAAAGACAAGCAAGGAGGAUCUGAAGAUGAUUGAGCAAUUGGCUGUCGUAGUGGAAGAAGACGUACCUCUUUAUUUUACUGACAGAAAUUUAGAUUAUAUAGUAUAGUAUAGACGUGCAUGUGUUUAUUUGUGCACUCAACUUGAUGACCACUCAGUCUCUGUGUAUAGUUCUGUAAUGUU